AUGGCACGAACUGCGCUAGAAUUCAUCAGAUAUCGAGUAACGAUACUGCAUAAUGUACACCACUGCAACGUUUGUCGUGAUCAUCCUCCUUUCUGUAACUCUUCCAGUACACUCGACCGAUUUGCAACUGAGUUGGCGAGGGGUAAGUUUCUGUGGAAUGCCAAAACUUGGCCAAUAUGUGCACAUCAAUCACCCUUCACAUUCAAAAUCAUCUGGCGAGUUGUGCGCUCCAUCGACGACGAUGCGUUGAGCGUGAACGGACUGGUUGCACUAGUGGAAGUGGAACGUGUAACUGACACGACGCUGGUUGUCGCGACGAAUACUGCAAAAAGGAGGGGAAUUGAUGGUCCAUCAUAG